GAUUGGCUGCGGCUCUGCAGACCGGGAAUAUUUUGAAAGUAACUGGUGUGUUUGUCAAACUGACAAAACUUGUGUAGUGCUCAGCGCCGCUGGCUUUUAGUCCGUCAAAUUUUACUCGGCGACGUAUUCAGUAGUUUUCUUUAAUUGUUCAUGGAGCACGAAGCACGGGUGGAAACCCCGUCAGCUGGAGACGAGAUGACAGACAUCGUGCUGGUUGAUUCGGAGUCUUACGUUAACGUUGAACUCGACGUGGAACAGAACAAAGUGGAACAGAACAAGUCCGGUGCAAUAACUCAAGCUCUCUUUCAGAAUGAAGAAGAUGAGAGUGAUGAUGGUGAUGAUGACAGUGGCACAGACCACUUCAACAGUGAAAAGUCGGGCACUCAGCUGCAGAGAUGUGAGCGUAAUAGAGGAGUGAAUUCAAGUCUCCCUGACACCUUCCAGACCAGCCAUCUGCUCUUCUAUGAGCGGUUCAAGGCGUACCAGGACUACAUGCUCGGAGACUGUAAACCCUCCGAGGUGAAGGCCUUCACCGCAGACUACCUGGAGAAGGUGGUGGAGCCGUGUGAUUGGUUGGCUCUGUGGUCUAUUGAUGUCUUUGAUGUUCUGGUGGAGGUGCGGGAUGUGGACUGGAAGGACCUGAAGGCGUGCGUGGGGCUGGUGCUGCCUCUGCAGUGUGAGACCAGAGGCUGUGAACUCACCGAGGAGAGUAUGGAAUCCCUAUUGGAGGCCACUCAGCACAAAGUCCCCCUGCAGGAGCUCCAGGUGGUCUACGACCAGUCUGGGGACUUUGAUCAGACCGCCCUUGCACUUGAGCACCUCAGGUUUUUCUAUAAACACAUCUGGAGGCAGUGGGAUGAGGAAGAUGAAGAUGAUGACUUUGAUUACUUUGUUCGUUGUGUGGAGCCUCGUCUCAGGCUCUACUACGACAUCUUAGAGGACAGAGUCCCAGCAGGCCUGGUGGCAGAGUACCAGUCCUUACUGAAAAACUGCUCCCAGUGCUUCCAGCAGUUCUCGGUGCUGUGCAGCGACCUGAGCACUGACUCGGACUCAGAGCUGGACAACGUAUCCAUGGUGGAGGGCCUGAAGCUCCACGACCAGCUGGAGACGUUGAAACGCAAGCUGCACAUCUUCGAGAACCCCCUGUUGAGGUACGUGCUGGGCUACAAAGGUAAUGCCAGGCAGCAGUGUGUGCAGAGCCGUGGGCCCCGGGCGUCUGGUAUGAAGGUGGUCCAUGUGGUCACAGCCUCCUGCAGCACCGUGCAGCUCCAGUCCCUCCUCCGUGACAGACUGCUGCCUCUGUGCUCCUCUGAGGACACUGAGAUUGAGUUCCACAGAGACCCAGUAUCAGCGGUGGAUUCGUGUCAUCAGGGCGACGUGGUCCUUGUUCUCCCAGGGAUCUACAGUGUCAGCAGCUCCAUCUUCCUACCAGACUCCGUCACUAUAGAAGGCUUCGGGCUUCCUGAUGAGGUGGUGAUUGAGAAGAAAAACAAGGGCGACUCAUUUGUGGAGUCUACAGGAGCCGAUGUCAGACUGUCCAACAUCAAGUUCAUCCAGCACGAUGCCAUCGAGGGCAUUCUGUGUGUGCGUCAGGGCACUCUGAACAUGGAGAACUGCGUGCUGCAGUGCGACACCACUGGAGUCAUCGUCCGAACGUCGGCCCGCCUGGACAUGAACAUGUGCGACCUGUACGGCUCCAAGGGGGCUGGUGUGGAGAUCUACCCGGGCAGUGUUUGCAAUCUAGUGGGAAACGGCAUCCACCACUGUAAGGACGGAAUCCUCAUCAAGGACUUUGCUGAUGAGCUGGAUGUGAUGCCGUCCAUCACCAUGGAGAACAACGUGAUCCACAACAAUGAAGGCUACGGGGUGAUUCUAGUGAAGCCCAACACAAGUAAAGACCCUGCUGCUGACCCAACUGCUGAAGACAAGCAGCACGGGGGCGUUCCAGACGCUCCCUUCGUCUCCACAACCAACCAGACCCCCAGCAGCUCGGCAGACGUUCAGCCCGAGUCUGCCGAGAACAACAGCAGCACAGACGGCGGCGUAGCCUCCACCUCAGGCAGGAAGUGGCAGUUUAGUCGUCAGCUGAGCAGAAACAAGGAGACGUCCUGCAGCCGAGUCGUCCAGGAUCUGAUGGACCACCAGAUCUUCGUCUCCAUUCAGGGAAACCAGUUCAGACGCAACGGCAUGGGCGACUUGGGCAAUUUUUUCUACUGACAAGCAACUUGAGGCUGAACGUCAACACGCCUGCACGCUCUGAACCAGUCUGCAACAUUUAUUUGAAGACAGCUUCAAGUUUGAGAUGAUUUCUUUAGUUUGUCGUGAAAUAAAAUUGAUGAUUGAGGAGCUCUGCAGAGAGGACGAUAACACAGGAAGUGUGUUUCUGACUCUGCCCUGCACCUGUUCAAACCAACGAUGACUGACCCCCCCUCUCCCCCCACAUUCAAACUCACACAGAUGCUUUUAUCUUAUUUAUUGGGCUCCUGACGCUAAAUGUUUUAACUUUUUAAAAAUGGUUUGAAAUUUGUUUGAAAUCAAUAUGUCACUUUGAAUGCAGUUUUGGUGGUUUGACUACACAUAAGCUCACAAUAAACUUUGUUAUUUUCCGGUGGUGGCUCGCUGAAAGCAGUGCACUGUUUAUUAGUUCACACGUUAUUAUGUUAUGAGUUAGCUGUUCACACGGUGCCUCAGGUGUUUUUAAAGGUUUGAUUAUGUGUUUUAUGGAAGUCUCAAGGUUGGCAGGAGCCCAGUGAAAAUAAACAGUGAAGUUUUAUAUUGCCAUUGACUGAUACAAACGAGUCUUUGGUUUUAACUGCUGCAUCUGGAAGUUGUGAAUGUGAUGAAUUUCCUGCAGAUUAAAAAGUGUCUGUUGAAACCUC